CAUUUUAUCGGUUGAACAUAACUGCUCCGUAUCUUGUUGGGUGUCAUUCGUUUUCUUAUUUUCUUCUUAGCAUACAUGAAUCAGAAGGCACAGAAUUUUUAUCUGGGGAUGGAUGUGAAGAGAAUCAUGGAUGGUGAUAGAGUUGGGAACACUAAUUGGGUAAUUAAGGAAGAUGGUGUAGAAGAUAGCAACGAUUCAUCAUCCAUUGGAUUCAACUCAGAAGAUUCUAUUUGCUCUUCUUCUUCAUCAGAGUUGGCCGAGGACGCUUCAUCUUCAACAUCUUCUAAUUCACCAACACAUUCAAAUGGACCUUUGUUUGAAUUAUCAGGCCUCAUGAGCCACCUCCCUAUUAAGAGAGGGUUAUCUAUGUUCUAUCAAGGGAAGGCCCAGUCUUUCACUUCUUUAGCAAGGGUGGAGAGCAUAGAAGAUCUUCCCAAGAAAGGCACACCUUAUAGUAAGAGAAUGAAAUCAUGCAAAAGUUUUGGGGGAGGCUUGGAUAGUCAGAGACUAUUGUGCAGUCCAAAGUCUACAAUAUCAAAGAAAACUUCAAGAGGGUCUUUUGCAUCUGUACUAAGCAAAAGAGGAAGUUUCCUAGGAGGGUCUAGAUAUUCCAUUGCAGUUCAACAAAAGAACUUUUGAAAUUCAAAAUGUUAAAGAGUUAUUGCUUAUUUCAUGUACAAAAUCCGGAAAAUUUUGAGUCCUGCAGCUUCAGCUUAUUGAGUCAAAGCCAUAUAUGAUCAGUUAGCUACAUAUUUGAGAUUCAUUAUUGGUUUGUUUUCCAUGGUGGUAUGAUCCUUGCCUUUUACAGUCAUUACUACUCUGACUCAAUGAUCCCAAGUUAUUGCCUUGAUUCAUGUGACACCAAAUCCUUUUUGAGAUCAAAUUUUAGGUUUUCUCUUUUCCGUAAGAUGUAUACUUUAUCAGUUACUUGCACAUACUUUUUCAUAAAUUUAGGGGAAAACUCCAAUAUAUUAUCACUUAAAUUUGAAUUACGUGUACUUUGGUUCUCAGAUUCUAAAAACAUAUGAUACGAUUUUUAAA